CUCUUUGCUCUUCGUGAUGCAUUGGUCUCAGUCACUGUUAAUCCAGCUUGGUUGUGCCUCUGAGCAUUGUCGUACUUUCUGCAAUCUGCCAAUUUCUCAACGGAUGGACUGCAUCAGAACCUUUUAACACACCAACUUUUCCUCUAUUUUUUUGGGACCUCCUGCUAUAGUGGAGGCUUCAUUCCGGGUCGGAGGUGGUAUUCAGCUCCUGCAGGGCUCUCCUGAACCCUACCAUGAAGUCCCGUCCGGGAGCUGCGACAGCGCUGCUGCCCAUCGCUCUCUGCCUCAGUUUGGCUCCUGUGUGUUUGGGAGCUGCCAUCCCAGCUGCUUGUGGGACCAUCUACAAGAGCUUCGCUCAGUGUUUGCUCUCGCUCGGGGACAGUUUGGUGGAAACGCAAAAAGACCAGAACACACAGGAUAUCGACUCCAUCUGCAGGUCCUGGAAUGCUUUUCACGUCUGCGCCAGCUCCGCCCUGGCUGGCUGUCCUGGGGAAGCGGCGGCUAUCUGGGAGUCUCUCAGACAAGAGUCCAGGAAGACCCAGUUUUCCGGAAACCUCUACGACAUGUGCGCCAGCCGGACCACCCUGCCCCCCAGCACCCCCCCGCCUGCACCCCAGAGCUCUGCCACCUCAGACCAGAUGAACAAGGAGACUCUGAAAGGGCAGACGCACAGGCCCAGCCCCGCCAGCAUCUCAGUGCUGCUCCCUGUGUGCAGCAUGCUGCUGGCUUCCCUCAAGAGUUAGACCCCCUAAGAGAGACACUCACACAGCACAGAGACUUAAGAAGCUGCAAGCCUCUAAACUGGUUCAGCCGGGGAGGCCAGAGUGAACGUGUAGAUAUGUGUUUUUUUUAAUACUCAAGAUCAAAAUGAGAUUUUGUGGUGAAAUGUUUAUAGCAAUAAAGUAAAAAUUUUAUCUGACAGGCUGCUCUGCCUACGGUCCAAACACAAAAGGUUCAGUUCACCAUGGACUCAUUCAGUUCUGAAAAAAAAAAGGGAUUUAAUUCACUGGAUCCCUUGGUUCUGUUUCAUUUAAGAUGGAAACAUUUCCGAUGAUGUGUAAAAGUCUUCGUUUCUUAAUACUUCUCGGAAAUGUAAUCUUUAUUGAAAUUUGUUUUGCCGAUUAUAUUGUGUUUUUGUUUUAAGCCUCUUAUGCAUGAAAGACCUCAUGACAUCCCACAGAGAGACACAUCUCAACGUCUCCUUUAUGGGAGUCUGUGAAAAAAAUACAUAAUUUGUUGUCAAUUUCUUUUGUUGAAUCCUAAAUAAAAUAACUAAAAAGCACACAGACUGAAACUCAGAAAAUCAGAUUUAGGAACUUUUAGGUGGGGCUUGUUCACAAAGUUAAUGACAAACUGAAUUAUGAUGCAUUUCUCAGGUUUUGUGUUUGUUGGAUUUGUUCCCAUAUUUUUGGAAGUAUAGGCUGACUGGUUCUGAUCAUGUGUCCUGAAAUUAAAAAAGUAAAAAAAGAAACUAAAGUAAAAAAACAACAACAACAACAAAUGUUGAAAGCUCUUAAGAAAGCCUGAAUUUAUCCUGAUGAAGACUUAAAAAUAGAUUACAAAGAGGCAAUUAUAAAGAAUGAGGGAACCAAUAAAUUUGCACCGCACUGUACUCAUUUAGUCAUCAGGUACUAAAAUGUUCGUCUUACUUUAACAGAGCUUUUGUUUAAGCAGUCGUUUAAGCUACAAUUGAGGAAGAAGGAGGUCCCAGAUGUGAAAUAUAACAGGGAAAACGAUGAUGUAGAUAUUUGUGUAAAUGUAAUAAUUUCAUGUUUAUGCAAAAUGGUGCGAAAUGUUCACUGUGCAGCAAGUUUUAAUAAUCUGAAAGUUAUACCUUACUUGUUUAUAAACUUGGAAGUGUUAUCGCAUUUUAUCCUCUGCUUUAGUGGAACGUAUUUUCCCAGGACACUUUUCUUUAAAAAGGUCCUUAUUCUGAUUUUAAAUGAAGAUUAAUGAAAAGUGAAAGUGCAUUUUUUACAUGUAAAUGAAACUUUUUGAAGCUCUAUUCACUUUUGCAUUCUCGUCAUGGUUUCUCUGCCACUUUGUGUAAACUGGUUUUCAAGCCAAAUGCUGAUUUAAAGGUUUGUGAACACAAAUAAAGCAGUUGUUUUGAGAGUGAA